AUGUCCGAGUCCCCAGCGCCAUCUGGCGUUCAGGGAGAUCUCGAGCUCGAAUUGCUUGGACUAGCCAACGCGCUGUACAACGUCGGAACAACCGUGGUCAAUGAUUUGACGAAGGAAAAAGAUAAACAGGGAGGUGGAAAGCAGGUUGGUUCGCGAGUCAACGAAGUCAUUAGCCAUCUGGCGACCAUCGAUGAUAUGGCAAGACACGUCGGUCUGAUGGUGCCGCUGCAGGUGCUCACGGAUAUAGACAACUCGCGCAACCCGCUGCAGCUGACGCGGGAGAGGCUCGAGCGCGCGGCGACGGAGAACCAGUUUAUGAACGGGAAGAUCCAGGCAAUUGACGUGAGUGGAAUAUGUGUCCUCGCGCGAGAUGUGUCGCUCAUUGUGGACGGGCGGGCAGAUGUAUCGCAGACACUUGGACGAGAUACUCGCCCAGACCUUUCCGGAGCUCUCUCAAUAUCUGCUCGAGACGGAUUCAAGCCUUCCAUCCUCGAUGGAAGGCGGCCACGAUCCGACCGCUCUGUAAAACGCCGCGCCGGUCGUCGCCAGCGGCACAGGCGCAUGCCGUCCAUCCGCGCAGGUGUCGGAGUAAUUGACCCUGCUGUGCCUGGGAGACGGGUGGAUUCGUUCUCCCGGAUGUCGCCAAGCGGCAACCCUUUGCCUUUCUGCACAUUACUUUCUCCUCGACGCAGCUCGCUCGUCGUCUCCAUCCUCUCCUUAGCUCCCCGCACCGUCUUUCACGCAUUUGUCAACGAGCUUGCACGACUCACGUCUACUUGUCCAGCGGCGCGCUCGCCAUUCUCGCAUCUGACCCUUUCGAUCAGAUUCUCUGCUCGCCCGUGGACGUCCUCGUCCUCCUGUGCACCUGCACACAGCCAAAUGCCGAGUUAUCUCGACUCUUACAGUGCCCUCUCAUCCUCGUCCUCGAGGUCUGAUGUGAAUACUGUCCUGCAGUCUAUCACAGAUGCCUUCCCGUCUCAAAUUGAUACUACGACACGCAAAUCGCUAAUUCAAACCAUUCUCGAUGAUGUGACGAAAGUGAGCUCUGGCAACGGAAAGAAGGGGAGACUGGCCCCCAAGGAUGCUUUUCCAGCCCUCUUGGCUGUAAAAACACUGGGCAAGGACCCCGCAGGCUCGGAGGUCAUUGCCACCUCCACAAAUCUCUCUACUUUAUUGGCACUGUCUCAUGCGCUCAAAGACAAUGCCGAUGCCUCUAACGAGGCGCUUCGAUGUAUAGCAAACUCGCUGCUCCUUAUUAGCAGUGCCCGGGACACCUUCAUCCAGAAGGAUGUUGGUGGAGGCGAGGCGGCCGUUGACCUUCUUGAGAAGUCUACCAACCCCGAGCGCAUUUUUCUGGCUUCGCGCAUCCUGUUCUUAUGUACUAUAUCUGUUGCGUCGUCGGCGACUUUCAUCCAGACCCUCGUUGAGGGGAAGCCGCAGGGCCACUCUGGAAAUAUUAUUGAAAUCAUAGGCGCAAAGCUCGACGGCCUCACGAAGAGCAUCAUGGCGAGCGCAAAGCUCUCACGAGAGGCGAUGACCGAUCUACUUAAAUUCACGUUUAAUCUGUUGUUACACUAUCCAAAGAUCGUUGAUGACCCACCGGCGUCCUCCCCCGGAGACGACGAGGACCAGAAAGUCAUGGGUGACUGUUGGAGUGACCGGCUAGAUGGAAUUCUUCCCCCACUACUCAGAGCGUUCAAUGCACUCCCACCGUCAGCGCCGUCGCCUCUGGCUGCGCCGCUAACACAUGUAAUUCACUCACUGAUUACAAUCCCCGUGACAUCAUCGCUGCGACCAAAGUGGUUCCCGCUGUCGUCUCCGCGAAGUCCGAUAGUGAAGGGCCGGGACUCGUCGCCGGGCAGCGCGAGCGCAAGCAACAACGGGUCGCCGACCCUCGGGCCAGCAAAAGACCUGAAGCAUAAUGCGUUCGACCGCGCAUUUUCUGCGCUGACGGUCGGGCGGCGGUCGCUGUCGCGCUCCGGAUCACCGACAACGCCCGCGGCAGACCUGCUCCUGCGGGCGUACGAUUUACUGGACGUGUCGCUGACCCAUUACUUGCCGGGUGCGGUGGACUCGGACGAUUCUAGCGUGCGGGAGCGGUGUCGUGCAGAGGGAAACGCGAGCCUAGACGACGUGCUCGUGCCGCUGGUGCUGCUGAUCAACAAGGUCUGUGUCGCAGACGAGGCGACGCGGGUGCGCAUGCGUGAGUGGAUCUUGCCCGCGGAUCUAGACAGGACGUCCCCGCUGGAGGGGCGCGCGGAUUUCUUGGGCCGCUGUCUGCGGCUGUUACAAUCGGUGCACCACGCCCGGCUCAAGUCUGCCGUGGGGGAGAUGCUGUAUUCUAUAUGCGAUUCAGACGCGAGCCUACUUGCGUCGUACGUCGGGUACGGCAAUGUCGCAGGCUUCCUGUUCCAUAAAGGUAUCACGGGGCAGCCCGCUCGUGCGUCGUCGUCUACCGUACCGGCGGCCACGCCGUCCGGUGUACCCAUCAACCCUAUUACUGGGAUCGCGGAGCAGCCCAAGCAGGAGAUUGAAAUGACCGACGAGGAGAAGGAACGCGAAGCCGAGAAAUUGUUCGUCUUGUUCGAUCGCUUGGAGAAAAGUGGCGCCAUCCAACCUAGCCAGAAUCCGAUCCGCAAGGCUGCCCAAGAAGGACGUCUGGGUUAG